AUGUCGAAACGUUUUUUUGAAGGUGCUCAACAUGCAGCUCAAUAUGCAUUGACUCGACCAACAUAUCCACCAGAAUUAAUGGAAAAAAUGAUUGGUUUUCUUGCCAUGAAAUAUAAAGGUGUAUAUGAUUAUGCAGUUGAUAUUGGUUGUGGUAGUGGACAAAGUACUGAACUUUUAUCACCUUAUUUUCAAAAAGUCUAUGGUAGUCGAUUUCUUAAUAGUUUUAUUAUAAAAAAGAAUAUUAUUUUAGGCUAUGAUAUAAGUGAAAAUCAAAUAAAAGAAGCACAAACAAAAAAUAAGAUAUCCCAUAUAGAAUACAAUGCAAAUAAUUCCAUACCACAUACAAACGAAUCACUUUGCUUAAUUACUGCUGCACAGGCAGCACAUUGGUUUGAUUUAAAACAAUUCUAUUCCGAAGCUAAUCGAACUCUGAAACAUAUGGGCGUAUUAGCUCUCUAUGGUUAUGAAUUGCCGAAAAUUGAUGGCGAACAUUCUUCACAACUCAAUGAAAUUUUUCAAAAUUUCUACAAGAAAUUAUUACCAUAUUUUCCACCAGAUCGAGUUCAAAUUGAUAAUAAAUAUGCUGAUAUUAUUUUACCUUAUGAAGAAAAAAUUCGAGAUGAAAGUGUCAAAAUAAAAUAUGAAUGGAAUCUUGAUCGUUUUCUAGCUUAUAUUUCAACAUGGUCAGGAUAUGUUCAUUAUAUGAAAAAAUAUCCAGAUAAAAAUAUUAUUCUUGAUUUACGUAGAGAUUUGUUUAAAGCAAUGAAAACAGACAAUGAAAAUGAACCAAUGAAAAUUAGUUUUGGAACAUUUAUUUUACUCGGUCAUAAAAAUAUGCUUACCUAUGAAAGUAUUACUAUCGGUCAACGUGUUGAAGUCUUUCACAAUGAUAAAGUUGUUUAUGGAACAGUUCUUUAUAAAGGUCCAAUCGUAGGACGACGUGGUAUAUGGCUUGGAAUAGAUUUAACUACUCAAGACGGUGAUAAUGAUGGAACUUUAAAAGGACGUGUUUAUUUUCGAUGUCCACCUAAUUAUGGAAUAUUUACGAUUAUUGAUCAUAUACGUUUAGCAUCGGAUUUUCAACGAAGACGAAAAUCAGUUUAUCGCACUGUGAAUAAAAAAAGUGUUGUUGAGGAAGAGUUAUUUGGUAAUACAGAUCCACUUACAUUACCUCCUCCAUCGACCAAUGCAAGUAUUUCUAAUAGUAAAGUAACACUUUCAUUAAAAAAUCCACAUGAACGUCCACAAUCAAGUAUUUUUUGUGAAAAUGAAAAACGUUAUCCAUUACCACAAACAUUAGCUAAAGAAUAUGAUUAUAAAAUAAGAAAACAACGUCAACGUGAAAGUAUGGUGUCUAAUCAAAUCGAUACAACUGAAUUUACAUUUGCGCCUACACCAUCAAUUCCACCCAUUUUUAUGCCGCCAAGUGAAGUUGAUCGUGCUAAACGAACAGGUUUUGUAGGCAUGAGUAUACCGCGUUAUACAGUUGUCUACGAUCAAUAUGAUUUUCUUGAAUAA